AAUUCGUGGCCUGUUCUGAAAAUAUGCUGCAUUAAUGCUUGUUUGGCCAGUUGUUAUUCUAGCGCAUGCGCAAUCUGUACGGGGAGGCAUGGCAUGACGUUUUUAAAGAAAAAAUAAAAACAAAAUAUUCGCCGGCCGGCUGCAUCAAGAGCUCCAUUUGCUGUCAGAAGUAAAAACCACUGCAUCCUUUCAGCUUGAAAGAAACGGAUAAUCACGUUUCCGCUCAUCAAGAUAUUAACCCGUUCCUGGAAAACAAUUAAUCUCAUCUAUUUUAUUCAAGAAUUCUGAAUUCAAGAGUUAUUCCGAAUUAAAAUGGCAGAAUUAUGUGGAAAAUUUAAAUUAGUGAGCAGUGAAAAUUUUGAUGAAUUUAUGAAGGCGAUGGGUGUGGGCCUUGUUAUGCGCAAAGCAGGUGUUAUGUCUAAGCCUGUGGUUGAGAUAAAGCAAGAUGGCGAUCAAUUUAUUUUAAAGACAACUACCACCUUCAAAACAACAGAGCUCAAAUUUAAGUUGAACGAGGAGUUUGAAGAGACUCGAAUGGAUGGCAGUGUUUGUAAGACUACUGUUGUUUUGGAAGAUGGUAAAUUGGUUCAGAAACAAUGUGGAGAUAAAGAAGUUACUAUAAUCAGAGAAGUUGAAGGAGAUACAAUGAAAACUAUAUGCAAAGUUGAUGAUAUCGAAAGCACUAGGGUUUACAAUCGAUGUGAAUAGAACAUCGAAGUCCUGGUUAUUGCUCACUCUAAUAAUGAUUCAAUAAAUCCAAGUUUUUUUAUUAUGCAAUGCUGUCAUGUUUUAAGAUUCAUUUCCACCCUGUUUUAUUUUUAAAUUUUUUAUGUAUUUGAUCUGGACAUAUCACAAUUAAAAAUGCUUCAUUUCUAUUAUUUUCACUUAACUGUUAUUGUCAAAACUUUUGUACAUUAAAGGUUGAUAUUUUAUCAACAA